UACGUAGCUGUUUUUCGCCCGCCGUCCAGAAUCACACGGCACGCAACGCAAACUCUGCCGAGCAUUUUUCUUGCGGUCGGGCGAGUAAAAUCGCGCACACCUAAAUCGAAGUCGUGAGAUUAGAGCACCGGCAUGGCCGCCGUCGAUCCAGUGGCUACUGAACUCAUUGAUUUCCUCAACGCAUCUCCAACUGCCUUCCAUGCCGUUGAUGAGGCGAAGAGGCGAUUGAAGAAGGUUGGGUUCGAGCAGGUGUCGGAGAGAGAGGAUUGGAAUCUGGAACUUGGGAAGAAGUACUUCUUCACUAGAAAUCAUUCUACCAUCGUGGCCUUUGCGAUUGGAAAAGGGUGUCUUCUUCGAUCACUUCCUACUUGACAGACA